CAGGCGUUUCCUCCCCUCUUGUCAUUGCCAUUGUGAUCAUGACGCAAGAAUGUACAAUCAAGAAGAUUAUCGACGUCUUAUCUGAGUUACAGGCUCAGUUAAAUGACAUACCAAGAUUACCUGAGUUACAGUCUCUAUCCAAGAAAUCUUCUGUUAACAACGAUGAACAACCAAGCGAGGAGAAAAGACCAUCUUGGUGUUUUCGAGUCAUAGAAAAAGUGAAAAAGGUUGGUAAAGCGAAGAAGGAUGCUUCAAGCCAUGCAAGCAACAGGGGAAACAUCGGCGACGAAGAAGCAGGUGCUCUCGAGAUCUUGAAAUUGCAGAGCGACAUUCGUCAAAUGAAAGCUGCGUUUGAGAAUCUGAGACAGUUUGAAACCAAUAUGAGCACGUCUUUGGAGCGUGGUCUUCCUUCAAAGAAACUAAACGCAAUACUGCAGAAAACGGAUUCAAUCAAGACCAGGUCUCAAGAUCUCAAGGAAAUCAGGAGAAAAGUAUUUAACUUGAAGUGCAUGAUCCCAUCAUUGCUCUACAAAGACUCAUCUAGAGGGUUAAGCAUCACGGAUUCUCAAACCGCUGAGGAAAACGGUCAGAUCAACGAGACAGGGAGCGACAUAUACUUGCCUGGACUCCACGUUUCUGAAGAUAUCAAAGAUUCGUUAGGUUUUAAAGAAGUUGUGGAAAAUUUUCAAGGCCUUGAGUUUACUCAGCAGCUAUGUUUGUUGUCCUUCUCAGUGUUUCCGGAGAACAAAGAGGUUAAAAGGACGAUGUUGAUGUAUUGGUGGAUCGGAGAAGGUUUCAUCUGUUAUGAAGAUUCUGAAAACUCAGUGACGAGGAUUCUUGAUGAGUUUUCAAGAAGAGGGUUACUUGAGCCUGUUGAAGAUGAGAGGAAACUGAAUCCAAGUAGUUAUAAGAUGGAGCCUCAUGUGCACUCUGCAGUUAUUUACUUAGCCACAACACUUUUGGGUCUAUUUGAUCUCUAUACUUCAAAAGGGAAGCUUACCAUGAAGAAAUCAGAGAAGCAAAUGGUCUGCCUAGUAAAAGGAUCCUCGUUGCUACGAGAGGCUAAAACAUCUGUAAUGGCACCGAAAACUUUGAACUCUGUUUUCAAUUCCUCUGAACGUUACCCUGACUUCACAUUCAAGUGGUUUCCGGGGAUGGAAUCACUAAGGGUGCUUUACUUAGGAAGAUGGGAAAGGACUGCAAAGCGUCACAUUGAAGUUGAGAGCACAGAGUUUCUUAAGCGUAUGAAGGACUUGAAGAAUCUCAGGCUUGCUAGUUUCCAAGGGAUCUCGAGGGUUGAAAAGCUUGAGAAUACCAUUUGUGCUCCUAAGUUAGUGAUCUUGGAUCUUAGAGCAUGCUACAAUCUAGAGGUUCUUCCUGAUGAUAUAGGCUCACUUGAGAAUCUGAUUUUCUUGGAUGUAUCUGAGUGCUAUAUGCUAGACCGCAUGCCUAAGGGGAUUGAAGAUCUCUCAAAGCUACAAGUUCUCAAGGGCUUUGUGAUUAGUGAGUCUGAUGAUGAAAAGAAUUGUGCAGUUAAACACUUGGUGAAUCUAAGGAAGCUGAGCAUAACCGUAAACAAAUACCUUUUCAAGGUGGAAAAUUUGAUGGAGUCAUUGAAAGGCCUCGGGAGACUUGAGAGUCUGAAAAUAGCAUGGGGAGCUCGAUUCUCGGAUGAAGACAGAAGAGGAGAAAAGGUUGAAGACACUGAUGAAGCAAAGGGGGGUGAAGAAACAACAAACGAGGAGAUGGAGAAGGAGAAGCAACGAGGUCAUGCAACAGAGGAGAAACAAAAAGAUGUAAAGGAACGAGAAGAUGAUCAAGAGGAUAAGAAGGGACAGACAAGCGAGGAGAAGAAAGAAGAUGGAAGAAAUGAGAAAGCUAAUCUAGACGAAGGAAAGAAGCACGACGAAGUAAAAGCAGAGAGCUUAAAAUCUGAGAAGACGGCAAGUGCUUCCCGAGAGGAAACAGGGACAAUCCAGAACAAGCCAGAUGAUCAGAAAGGGAAAAGCAAAGUGGAAGGUGAUGGAGAUAAGGGAAAGGAUAAACUAGAACAAGGAAAGAAGCAAGAUGAGGUGGAAGCAGAUAAAUCUAAAUCAGACAAUGGUGUUGAAGAAGUUAAGAAUGCGAGUCCCUCCGGAGAGUCAGCAGAGAUGAACCAGAAGAAGCCAGAUAAUAAAAGCGAAGUGGAAAAGGAAGAAAAUGGAGACAAAGGGAAGUCUGAUCUAGAGGAAAGAAAGAAGAAAGAUGAGGUAAAAGAAGAGAGCUCAAAACUAGACAAGGUUAUUAAGGGAGAUAAGAAAACAAGUCCACCACAAGAAUCCAAAGACACUGUUAAGUCAGAUGAUGACCAAAGAGGUGACAAACAAGAUGAGAAAGGAGAUGGAGAAAAGGAGAAGGUUAAUUUAGAAGAAGGAAAGAAGAAAGAUGAGGUAAAAGAAGAGAGCUCAAAACUAGACAAGGUUAUUAAGGGAGAUAAGAAAAAAAGUCCACCACAAGAAUCCAAAGACACUGUUAAGUCAGAUGAUGACCAAAGAGGUGACAAACAAGAUGAGAAAGGAGAUGGAGAAAAGGAGAAGGUUAAUUUAGAAGAAGGAAAGAAGAAAGAUGAGGUAAAAGAAGAGAGCUCAAAACUAGACAAGGUUAUUAAGGGAGAUAAGAAAACAAGUCCACCACAAGAAUCCAAAGACACUGUUAAGUCAGAUGAUGACCAAAGAGGUGACAAACAAGAUGAGAAAGGAGACGGAGAAAAGGAGAAGGUUAAUCUAGAAGAAGGAAAGAAGAAAGAUGAGUUGAAAGCAGAGAGCUCAAAACCAGACAAGGUCAUCGAGAAAGAUGAGAAGAAAACUCCACCACAAGAAUCCAAAGACAUGAUCCAGAGCAAGCCAGAUGAUCACAGAGAAAAUAGUAAAGUGCAGGAAGAAGGAGAUGGAGAAAAGAUCAAGCCUGCUUUAAAAAAGCUCGAUGGAGGAGAAGCAAAGACUCAGAAGUCAGACAAGAACAAGCUUGGAAAGAAAGUGAGCUUUUCAGAAGAAACGAUCCAGAAGAAGCCAGAUGAUCUGAAGAAAGACAACGCAACGGCGAAAGAGAUUCAUGAAUCAGCAUCACCAUCAAAACCUAAAAAGACAGCUCCCAAGGAAUCUGGAUCAAGUAAACCAAAAACGUUCAGGUUACCGAGAAAUGAAACCAAGAAACUGGGGAAAAGAGGGCAAGAAGAUUCAACAAUAGAUAAACUUCCUACGAGCUUAAAGAAGUUGGAGCUAGAAUGUUUCCCUGACAAGAAGCCUCCAAAUUGGUUAAAUCCCAAAAAUCUUGACAGUCUUGAAAAGCUCUCCAUCAAAGGAGGAAACCUUAGCAGAAUCAGUGACGAGGAUCCAACCGCAGAAAACAACUGCCGCAUUCAGAUCUUACGUUUGAAAUAUUUGCAUGAAUUCAAGGCUGAGUGGAAAGAUUUGCAGGCACAGUUUCCAAAACUGAAACUGUUGGAGAAAUAUCAAUGCCCGAAAGUCUCAUUCUGUCCCACAGAUGGUAAGGGAGUCUGGAGGUCACAGCAAUGCCAAGAUUAAGUUACAUAGUUUCUCAUCACUGCCAUAGCCACCUGUUAAGUUCCUUCUGUUUUAUAAACGUCAAGAGCCUUAGUAACUUCUCUAGAGAUUAUGUAUCUGUCUUCUGACACUCUCAAUAAAAGUACGUGU